AUGGUACAGCAAGACAGUGAAAAAGGUCCGGAGGCCACCCUCACAGAGAAUAACUAUACCGAACGCCCAAAAUGCUUCAACAGCACCCUCCAAGAAUGCCUCUUCGUUUUAACAGCCACCAUGGCCAUCGGCCAACAAUCAUUCUUCCAAGGCUGCAUUGUCGGUGUGACAGCCUCAAUCGGAAAAGAUUUGAACAUGAAUUCAGCUGAGAUUACCUGGAUCAACGCCGGUGCUUCUCUAAGCAGCGGCGCCUUCCUCCUCUCAUUUGGCAAACUAGCCGACAUGUUCGGCCGCAAAACUCUCUUCACAAUAGGAAUGGCCGGCUUCACCAUCUCACUGCUAAUAGCUGGCUUCGCCACAAACGCAAUCUACAUGGACGUCUUCAGCGGCAUAAUAGGCCUCUUCGCGGCAGCCGUCGUACCACCCGCAGUGGGAACCCUAGGCGCCGUCUAUGAAAAGCCCUCGAAGCGGAAGAACCGCGCUUUUGCUUGCUUCUCUGCGGGUAAUCCGCUGGGUUUUGUGGGAGGGAUGAUUAUCUCUGGUGUUGCGAGCCAUGAGUAUAACUGGCGGGCGUCAUUUUGGGCUCUUGCGGUUGUUUAUGCUAUUUUCACCGUGCUUACUGUUUGGACGGUUCCGGCUGAUGGGUUCGCUAGGACGCCUGUGAGCCUUGAGGCGUUGAGGCGGUUUGAUCUACUUGGUACUUGUUUGGUUAUUGUUGGGUUUGCAUUUUUUUCAAGUUCGCUUUCGUUGGCUGGUGAUGCACCGGAUAGCUGGAAGACUGGUUAUGUUCUCGGCUUGUUCAUCGUGGGAUUCUUCUUGCUGGUUACUUUCUUGUAUUGGCAAUCUAUUGCUAAGAACCCGCUGAUGCCACUCUGGGUUUGGAAAGAUCGCAAUUUCUCAUUGCUCAUGGCAACAUUCUGUCUUGGUUUCAUGGGCUUCUCCGCCGUCUCAUUCUUCCUCUCGCUCUAUCUCCAAGAAGUGAAGCACCAAACAUCCCUCGAAAUCACAGCCAAACUCCUCCCAAUGGUCGUCAGUGGCGUGCUUGUCAAUGUUAUCUGCGGUCUGGUCCUCCACCGCGUGAGCAACAAAGUGCUGACCGGAAUUGGAGCACUGGCAUACACAGCCUCCUUCCUGAUUCUCAGUUUCAUGACGGAAGACGCUACAUACUGGGCGUUUAUCUUCCCGGCUUUGGUCCUUGUUGUUGUUGGUGCUGACAUUCAGUUCAACGUUACAAAUAUGUACGUCAUGUCCUCCCUCCCACCAUCGCAGCAAUCCAUCGCAGGAGGCAUCUUCAACACGGUCAGCAAGCUGUGCAACAAUCUCGGUCUUGGUAUUGCAACCUCUGUUGAAGCAUCCGUUGUUAACACGAUGACUGCUUCGACACCUGCUAUCCAGCCUUACCUUGCUGUAUAUUGGUAUGCGGCUGCAGCUGCGGGUCUUUCGUUGUUUAUGGUGCCGUUCUUGACGCUGAAAACUCAGGGUAAUACUGAGUCGCAGGAGAACGAGGGACUUACUGGUGAGAUGGUGGGUGAGAAGAUGGCUAGUACCCACCCUGAGGAUGUGCCUAUUGCUGGGACAACCGGGUCUGUGAUUUCUCCUGCUAUUGAUGUGGAGCAUGAGAAGAGAUAG